UAACGUUCGCAGUAAACGUGGAUCGAAACAUCCGGUGUUUGUAAGAUCCUGUUGACUAUAUAAACUCUAAUUAUGGCUAAAACUAACUCUGUUCAACCUAAACCCUCAUCACAAAACACUAAAACUAGCAACCAGACAAAAACUUCUGAAAUGUCUAGCAAUGAUAAUAAUAAAAAACCUAAAGUAGUUUCUGAAUCAGGUGCCGGUGUAACAGGAUUCCAACUAUUUAUUUUCUUCUUGGCAUCUACAUCACUUGCAAUAAACGCUGCUUUUAUAUAUGGAUUGAUUCCUAUUCAAGGAUGUACUGGCCCAGCAGGUUUGAGAGGUGAAAAGGGCGAAACUGGACCACCAGGUGCACAAGGUAUUCCAGGUCCCACAGGUCCAAUUGGUGAAGUAGGUCCAAGAGGUUUUCCUGGCAUUCAAGGUGAACCAGGUGUUCCUGGUAAAGAUGGCAAAAGAGGAGAAACUGGACUAAAUGGCGAACCAGGUAAAACUGGAUUACCCGGAACACCAGGGGCUCCUGGAAGAGAUGGAAAAGAUGGUGCCCAGGGACCAGCUGGUAAAGAUGGAGCUCAAGGACCUCACGGUGCUCCUGGAAAAGAUGGAAAAGAUGGUAGUCAGGGACCAGUUGGAAAAGAUGGACCACAGGGACCUCAAGGUCCUCCUGGAAUAAGUGGAAAAGAUGGAAGUCAAGGACCUCCUGGUAGAGAUGGAAAAGAUGGAAAUCCAGGUUCAAAUGGCAAAGAUGGCGCACAAGGACCACAGGGACUUGUAGGAUUAAAUGGUGCACCAGGUAAAGAUGGUGCUCCUGGAAUUCAAGGAGUGAAAGGAGAAACCGGACCACAAGGACCUGCUGGACCACAAGGACCUGCUGGACCACAAGGACCUGCUGGACCACAAGGACCUGCUGGGCCACAAGGACUUCAAGGACCACCUGGCAUUCCUGGACCUUCUGGGCCUCCUGGUGUGUCUGGUCCUGAAAAAUAAAAUCAACUAAGAAGAGUUUACGAAUGGAAAUUAUUUUUUUAUUUUCAGUGUUUUCAUUUUUGGCUUGUGCUAAAUUGUGCUAAAGCAUAUUUAAAUGUUUUUAUUUAUCGCUUUCUUUUUCUCAACUAAUUUUUCUAUUAUAAUAGAAUUUUUUUUUUUCAAUACUAAUUUUUCUAUUUUAAAAGAAUCUUUUUCUUUGAUCCUAAACAAGUUUCUUUUCAUGUUUUUUUUGCAUAAAUUUGUUUUUACUAGUGUUACCGUUUACUAUAUAUUGCUAAUAUACUAUUGUUAGAGUUGGCAUAAAAUUGUAUUUGUAUUGUUUUUAAACUUUAUAGUGUAUAUUUAUAGAAUUUCUAAUAACAUAUAUCUAAAUAGUAACUACAAAAAAUUGUUUGGUUAGCCAAGAGCAUUAUAUAGCAAUUAGUUUUUCAAAGUUUUUUUAAAUUUCGGUAAAUUAGUAGUUAAAAAAAAAAGAUAUUAGAUUUUAAAAAUUUUGAAAAUUUUUUGAGACAAAUUUAUUUGUUAUAUUUUUUGUUCAUCUAGUAAAUUAUUUAAUUGAAAUAAACUUUUGAAAUA